UUCCUUUUUCUUUUAGACGCCAACUAAUAUCUCCUGUAGAGAGAGAAACCUCGCAACACAACUACUCCGUCUUCUUCUUCGUCUUCUUCUAGAGAGAGAAACAUCAAAGUGAACAGAUUCAAUUCAAAUCUGUUCGAUUCCCAAAUUUCCGCUGAUUUUCAAUUGGAUUUUAAGGUAAAUUGAUAAAUAUGGCAAGAAUAAAGCCACAAGCUUUGUUGUUGCAAAGCAAGAAGAAGAAGGCGCCAAGUAGGAUCAGUCCCACUACUAUCGUUUUGUUCAGCUUAAUUGUUUUCAUGGUUGUCUUCUUCAUUUUCUCGGCGUACAGACAUUUUUCUCACAGGUCAGUGCACCCAGAGGAGCAGAUACAUCUUGGAGGUCGCAAGGGUCUCAGUGAGCUGAAUCUGAAGAGUACUGAUGUUCCAAAAUAUGCGGUCAUCCAAACUUCAAAAGGCGCUAUCGCUGUCGAACUGUUCAAGGACGGAUCUCCUGAAAUUGUUGAUGAAUUUAUCGAGUUAUGUCAGAAAGGGCAUUUCAAAGGGAUGCAAUUCCAUCGUGUGAUAAAGCAUUACGUGAUUCAGGCAGGGGAUGUCCACAGUAUUGGACCUGCUGAACAAUGGACCCUCAAGGGGAAGCACUACAGCCAACUCGAUAAAAGUGUAAAGCAUGAGGCUUUUAUGCUUGGAACCUCCAAGGCAAAGCGUGACAAUAAAGGAUUUGAGCUCUAUAUAACAACAGCACCCAUACCAGACCUAAAUGAAAAAAUAACUGUUUUCGGAAGAGUUAUCAAGGGAGAGGAGGUUGUUCAGGAAAUCGAGGAGGUGGACACCGACAACCAUUAUGUACCUAAAUCAACCAUUGGCAUUAUGGAUGUGACCCUUGAACAUAAGUUGUAAACAAACUUUUUACCCUGCUUGAGUUCAGCAGCUGUACUCUUAACUGUAGAUUUAUAUCUGGGGUUUUAUGGCAGAGUUAACAAAUGCAAAUACUGGUGAGCUUCUCAAACAUUACCGCUGUUUGGUUGACAGUUAUGUUUGAACCUAGAAGAGAUCUAGUCUGUUGUGUGUUUUUCUUUCCAACUCUGCUAAAAGAAAGUGAAACAUAGGGGAAAAUGAAAAUGAUGAUAUAGUACGAGAAUUUUUUUCAGAUUAGCAGUGAGCUUAUAAUAGUAGUAGGAGUUUUCUGUGUACGUAUCUUGGAAAAUCAGAAAAUUUUCUGCUCAAUUUUCUCGCUCUUUUUUCUUCAGUUUAAUGAUAUAUCAUGAGUUACUGCUGCUUGAACA